UGCCUGAACGCAUCACAGUAGUCUGCAGACCGAUGAUGUCAGUUUACGAGAUGUAGGAGUCUCUGCAUCACCAUGUGUGCCGAAACAGUAUAGGCCUACUGCUGGCCGUCAGCGGGCAAGCAGAGGAGAAAGAGGAGGGGAGGAAAAGUGUGUUUACACAGACGGCAAACUGCCUGGGGAAUCGUAGGGGAGAGGAAGUCAGCCGGCUCUGUGUCUGCCUGCUCCAACUUCCUGCUCAGAAAAAGAAAAAGCCCAGGAUCCUAUUUCAGUCCAGCACAACUCCUGUAGACUAGAAGUAAGCAUGGAAAAACAAGGAAUCACACAAGCGUCGCCGUAAACUUUCUCGGAGGGACCAGACCGAGUCGGAGAUCGCAGGAAUGGACAGUGCCAUCACUCUGUGGCAGUUCUUGCUGCAGCUGCUGCUCGAUCAGAGUCACAAGCACUUGAUAUGCUGGACGUCCACAGACGGCGAGUUCAAGCUCCUCAAGUCGGAGGAAGUGGCCAAGCUGUGGGGGCUGCGCAAGAACAAGACCAACAUGAACUACGACAAGCUGAGCAGAGCCCUGCGCUACUACUACGACAAGAACAUCAUCAAGAAGGUGAUUGGCCAGAAGUUUGUCUAUAAGUUUGUGUCCUUCCCUGAGAUCCUUAAGAUGGACCCGCAGGCGGUGGAGAUGGGCCUGGCUUCGGGAAGGCUUCCCCUUCAGGAACAAGAGGCCCAGGAGCUGGAAGUGGAGGAGGAGGAGGAGGAGGAGGAAGCUGAGGAGGAGGCCCAGAGGAGGACCCUGGCAGCCUUGGGGGCACAGCAGUGUCGGAAUGACUACCUCCACUCGGGUCUCUACUCGUCAUUCAGCAUCAGCUCCCUGCAGAAGCAGCCCGAGCUCCUCCGUGCCCUGCAGGAGCGUCAGGAGGAGCAGCGCUCCGUCAUCCGCUUCGGCACCAACGCCAACGAGAGGAGCUCUCCUCCCUCAGCCAAGCCCGAGUCCUAUGUCUCGCCGGGGCCAUCUAAACUCACCUCUCAUUCCCCCUCCCCGUCCUCUCCUCACACUCAGCCCGGCCGGAGCCCCGCUGCUGAGGAGGAGGAGCAGGAGGACUCUGACCAAAGCGCUCAACCCCUCAAUCUGUCCUCCGGGCACAGAGGGCGAGCCCUGCAGCCUCCUGAAAAGAGGAGCAGCAGCGGCGGUGGCAGAAGCAGUUCUCUUAACAGUAGCGCUAACCACGGAGAUGGACUCCCCCCAAAAAGCAAAAAGCCCAAAGCUCUGGAGAUUUCAGCACCGCCCCUGCUGCUGGCAGGGAGCGACAUCGGCUCCAUCGCACUCAACAGCCCGGCGCUGCCGUCUGGGUCUCUCACUCCGGCCUUCUUCACUGCACAGACUCCCUCGGGUUUGCUGCUGGCUCACAGUCCGCUGUUGUCAGGCAUCCACUUCUGGAGCAGCCUGAGCCCCGUCGCUCCGCUCAGCCCCGCCCGGCUGCAGGGCCACAGCUCCCUCUUUCAGUUCCCCAGCCUAAUCAACGGACACAUGCCUGUCCCUCUGCCAAACCUGGAAGGAACACCCUCCUCCCUGCUCCUGUCCCCCACCACUCACAAAUCCUGAUCCAGGAUCUGUGGAAAAUGCCCCAAAUUCAUUGUUCUCUUGUUGAAAGUUUCUCAUCAUCAUAAUCAUCAGCAGCAGCGAUCUCUUAUUCAUGAUGUCAGAUUUUGUCUCAGAAAAGCAGAGACAGUUAUGUGACCUCACUUUUUUUUUUUUUUUUUUUUUUUUGCACUUGACUUGCUUCAGAUUCUGAGUGGUUGAAAGCACUUGGUAAAAGCCAUACACCACGAUGUCUCAGAGACAUCUGGUCUCUUUGUGAUAAAGUACAGCACGUUUCUACACUAGCCUGUCCGCGACGGACAGAAGCGCCGCUGCGAAAGGCUAACCAGCCGCUCGGCCUGCGCAGAGCCUGGUUCUUUUAAUCUUUAAACAAAAAAAAAGAAA